UCCCUCCCGGCCAUCAAUAACGUGUUCAUGUGGACACGGUCAUCGCAUGAUGCAGUGGGUUGGUGGUAGUUACUGGUUAGUAGGAAGAGUUGGUAGUGAGCUGCUCUGCUACGCACGAGCGAUGCUCACCGUUCCACCAGACCACCGCUGCCUCCGCCACCACCAACAAGGCCCUUCCCCCAAUUACUAGCUUGUGUUACUGUCCCAUGCGAGAGAGACCCUCCUACCACUCUUCCCGGUCGCCGAACAGCCGCUUCCCGACCUCUGAUGGCGCUGCCGCUGGCGGGGAUCUUUGCCGGGAUCGUCUUCUUUUUUGCUCUUUACUGCGGCAUUGACCCGUUUCACCAUAGCGCCAUCCAUGGAUUCCCCGACUUCAAGGCCCACAAGGUCGACUUCCCUCCUUGGUCGCAGCUUCCCUCCGUAAACGACCCCGAUAACAAGCUCCAGAGGUCGGAGAUCAAGUUCCUCAACCAAGUCCAGGGCCCAGAGAGCAUCGCCUUCGACCCCCUUGGCCGUGGUCCUUACACCGGCGUCGCCGACGGCCGGGUCAUCUUCUGGAACGGGGAGUCCUGGACCGAUUUCGCUUACACGUCUUCCAAUAGAUCGGAAUUGUGUGCGCCAAAGCCAUCGCCUUUCGCUCAUAUGAAGACGGAGCAUAUAUGUGGGAGGCCGUUGGGGCUUCGAUUCGAUAAGAAAACGGGAGAAUUGUAUAUAGCAGAUGCAUACUUCGGGUUAAUGAAGGUUGGACCGGCUGGUGGCUUGGCAACGUCGCUAGUUACGGAGGCAGAGGGCGUGCCGCUUAGGUUCACAAAUGAUCUGGAUAUAGAUGACGAAGGCAAUAUUUACUUCACAGACAGUAGCACUCGAUAUCAGAGAAGGAACUUUUUGCAACUGGUUUUUUCUGCUGAGAAUUCAGGGAGGCUCUUGAAGUAUAACCCUGCCAAAAAGGAAACAACAGUCUUGUUAAACAACAUUGCCUUCCCCAAUGGUGUAUCUAUGAGUAAGGACAAGUCCUUCCUUGUCUUUAGCGAGUGUUCCGUUGGCAGAUUGUUGAGGUACUGGCUGAAGGGUGAAAAGGCAGGAACAAUUGAUGUUUUUGCGAUAACGCCUGGCUUUCCAGACAAUAUAAGAACCAACGAGAAGGGAGAAUUCUGGGUGGGAAUUCACUGCCGCCGCAAUCUCUAUUCCCACAUAGUUGGCCUUUAUCCUCGGCUGCGAACGUUCAUUCUCAGGCUUCCUGUUCCUGCAAAGUCGCAGUAUCUGAUGCAGGUUGGCGGUCGUGUUCAUGGGAUUGUGGUGAAGUACAAUGUCGAUGGUGAACUGGUGGAAGUUUUGGAAGACAAGCAGGGGAAGGUUGUCAGAGCUGUAAGCGAAGUGGAGGAGAAGGAUGGGAAGCUUUGGAUUGGAUCUGUUCUGAUGCCAUUUAUGGCAGUUUAUUGAUCAGUUCGUACCCCUACCAUUUUGUGGAUACGUUGCUCAUGCUGAAGAGCAGGGUUAACGCUGCUGCAGAAUACUUGUGUUGAACCCCUUAAAUCAAUAAUUUUGUUGAUCUUUUCUUUA